UCAGAGCACAGAAGAGCUUCUGAGAAGUGAUUCUGUUUUUUAUAUACAAGUUUAUGUUGCCAUUAAGCCAUUUUAGACAUGCAUUACCCUCAGAUGGAAAGCUGCACAGGGCGCCUUUCUCGUAUGAAACUCAACAGGAUUUGGAUACUAAAGGUCAUAUUUUUAUUUUGAAGUUUUAGCUUUGGAGGAAAAACCAAUGAUCAAAUGAUCCUAAACGUCAUAAAAGUGGAAACCUUUGCACCUUUUCCAAGGAUUUUAGCAUUCAUCUGGGAAUACUUUCACAUACAUCAAAUGGAUUACCAUUAAAUGAACAGCAUGCCUCUGGACCGGGCCAAUACAACAAACACAGAGCAGUCCACUGAGUGCUCUGCAGAGUAUUCAGGGCCGGGUCCCAGUGAUCUGGGUCGUACCCGGGAUGUGGCCGUCCUCCAGUCCGGCUGCUGCCGCUGCCUGCCGCGGGCAGUUCGCCUCACCUUUAACCCUGAGUCUCUGGAAAGGCUUUACCAGAACUACUUUCGUCGGCAGAGAGAAGAGAACCUGCUAGUCUUAGUGUUAUUCGCAGCCCUCUUCAACAGCUUCAUCAUCAUCAUGUGUGCAGUGGUGUACACCGAGGACAAACUGGCAAUGGUAGUAGUCUCUGCCGUGGGGCUGGCAGCGGACAUAGUUUUCUAUCUGCUGUGCUGGUUCCAAAAACUUCCUGCGUCACCUUUAGCACGAGGAGCGGUGCCGUACGGGCUGUGGCUGAUGGUCACCAUCCAUGUUUUAUGUUACAUGGGACUGAACUACAAGCGGUUCUCUGAUCCAAGCGACGCUGUGGGCUGGCAGGCUUUCUUCAGCUUCUCCAGCUUUCUGACCUUACCGCUGAAUCUGGUGCCCCUCGUCCUGCUCACAGUCCUCUCCUGUGGGAUACACACCCUGGUACUGGGGGUCACUGUGGUUCAAAGGUUUGGGGAUAAUCUUCAGGGGCCCAUGCUGGUGAGACAGCUGCUGGCCAAUGUGAUGCUGUACCUGUGUGCAGCCAUGGUGGGUGUGAUGUCAUUCUACAUGGCCGACAGGAAGUACAGGACAGCAUUUUUGGAAGCUCGUCAAUCACUGCAGGUUAAACUGACUCUGGAGGAGCAGAGCACCCAGCAGGAGGAAUUAUUGCUGUCCAUCCUACCGAAGCAUAUUGCUGAUGAGAUGCUGCAGGGCAUUAAGAACCAGGCCAAUCAGAACGAGGUCCAGCAGCAUCAGCAAUUCAACACCAUGUACAUGUACCGCCAUGAAAACGUCAGUAUACUCUUUGCAGACAUAGUGGGCUUCACCCAGUUAUCCUCAGCCUGUAGUGCACAAGAGCUGGUAAAGCUGCUCAAUGAACUGUUUGCCCGAUUCGAUAAACUGGCCUCAAAACAUCACCAACUGAGAAUUAAGAUUCUUGGAGACUGUUACUACUGCAUAUGUGGCCUGCCAGACUUUAGGGAAGACCAUGCAGUUUGCUCCAUUAUGAUGGGCCUUGCAAUGGUGGAAGCUAUCUCGUAUGUGCGGGAAAAGACAAAAACCGAUGUGGACAUGCGCGUGGGUGUUCACACAGGCACAGUGCUCGGUGGAGUGCUCGGUCAGAAGCGCUGGCAGUUUGAUGUUUGGUCAACAGAUGUCACUGUGGCCAAUAAGAUGGAAUCAGGAGGAAUCCCUGGGAGAGUGCACAUUUCCCAGAGCACCAAGGACAGUCUGCAUGGGGAGUUUGAGGUUGAGCCUGGAAAUGGGGGAGAGAGAUGCGAGUACCUGCUGGAGAAAGGAAUCGAGACAUACCUGGUUCUCAAACCUAAAUCGGAGGCAAAUGGACUUAAUGGAAACACACCAGGUGCACUGACCAACAAAAUUUCAAAUCAGGUGAUCAACACAACGACAACCAAUGGGAACACAGUCUCACCCCAGUCAAUACUGACUAACCCUAAACAGCAGAGUAAUACAAUGUUGGAUGAACAAGCAAUCAACAGACGACUGCAGCAGGAGCUUCUGAACAGAGAGUCUCAGCAAAUAAUGAAGGAUCAUCAAAUCAACCCAGUUUUACUGCGCUUUCUGGACGUAAAGUUGGAGGAGCACUAUUCCUCCGAGAAGGAGAAGAGAAGUGGUGCAGCCUUUAGCUGCUGUAUCAUUGUGCUCUUUUUUAUCACAGCAAUGGAAGUGUUUAUUGACCCAUUGUUGGUUGUGAACUAUGUGACUCUCAUUGUGGGAGAGGUGUUGUUGCUAAUUCUCACUGUUUGCUCUCUGGCUGCAAUUUUUCCUAGGAUGUUCUCCAAGAGAUUGGUUUCUUUCUCAAUGUGGAUAGACCGCACGCGGUGGGCUCGGAACACCUGGGCCAUGGCAGCUAUAUUUGUUCUAACCAUGGCUGUAAUAGCCGACAUGUUAAGCUGUGUACCACCAUCACUGCGGCUCUUUAACGGUACUUUCGGCCCAACGCUAGAGUCACUUGGCGACCGAGGCUGUGCAGAAAAUCCAAAGUAUUACAGCUUCAUGGCUGUGAUGUCACUCAUCGCAACCGCCAUGUUGGUGCAGGUCAGCCAUCUGAUCAAACUGGGCCUCAUGGUGCUUGUUGUCACGGCAACUGGAGCAGUUAACAUCUACAGCUGGAGGGACAUAUAUGACCUGUAUGACUUCAUACAGUUUUCGUCCAACAGAACAUCCAUGGUAGCAUCAAAGUAUCUCAUGACAAUAAUGAUUAUCGUCAUGAUGAUAAGCUUUUAUUUCUUUGUCCGUCAUUUGGAGCGUCAGUCCAGGACGCUGUUCUUGUGGAAGAUUGGGGUGCAUGACCAGAAGGAGCGGGUGUUUGAGAUGAGGCGCUGGAACGAGGCACUGGUGACCAACAUGCUGCCAGAGCAUGUGGCCAAACACUUUCUGGGCACUAAAAUGAGAGAUGAGGAGCUGUACAGUCAGUCGUAUGAUGAGACUGGUGUGAUGUUCGCAUCCAUUCCAAACUUUUCUGACUUCUACACUGAAGAGAGCAUCAACAAUGGAGGCAUCGAGUGUCUCAGGAUCCUCAAUGAGAUCAUCUCAGACUUUGACAGUUUAUUGGACCGAGAUGAGUUCAGGUGUAUCACAAAGAUCAAGACGAUUGGAAGUACAUACAUGGCUGCCUCUGGACUAACGCCAGAGAGUAACACCAAUGGAUAUGGCAGCCGUAAGCCAGAAGACCAGCCGCUCAUUGAACACUGGCAGCACCUAGCUGACCUGGCAGAUUUUGCCCUGGCCAUGAAGGUCACCCUUGAUAAUCUCAACAAACAGUCCUUCAACAACUUUAUGCUACGGAUCGGUUUGAAUAAAGGAGCGGUUCUGGCUGGAGUAAUUGGAGCCCGUAAACCUCACUAUGACAUCUGGGGUAACACAGUCAACGUGGCUAGCAGAAUGGAGUCAACUGGAGUGAUGGGGAACAUCCAGGUGGUGGAGGACUGCUAUGACAUCCUGAAGGAGUAUGGCUUCCGCUUCAUACGAAGAGGGCCCAUAUUUGUGAAGGGAAAAGGGGAGCUGCUUACCUUUUUCAUGAAAGGGAAAGACAAGUCCAGCUGCAAAGCAGUCCUGGGAACAACUGCUCUCCCGCAUCAAGUUGAGGAUGUUUCCUGACUUUUUCCGCCUGAUUCUUUCAGCUAACAUGCAAACAGAAUUAAGGACUAGCUUUGCUCCACUUUUUUGUACACAGUUCAUUUUUUCUGCAUAUUUUUAUGGAUGCUAUCACUUCUGAUAACAAAAUAAAAGUACAUAGAACAACAAAUUAAAACUCUUGCACAAUGAUCAGGACUUUUGUAAAGCUGUAUAUAUUUCUGCAAUAUCUCUCAGAGCAUCAACACUGAAGACAUUUAAACAACUAAACCUGCAGACUUUUUUUUCCUUUUAAACAGUCCCAUGAGAUAUAGGUGACAUGCUCAAAGAAAUGACACAAUCUUUUUAUUGUCUUUUGUGUAAAUUUCAUAGUUCAAAUACAAACUAGUUGCGAGGAAAAAGUAAGAAAACAUGCACAUUUAUUGCAGAUUUAAAUGCAUGAAGUUAGAAUCAGUUUAGAACCAGAUUAAGUAAAACUGGGGUGAAUUUCUUCAAUAGGUGACCAAAGAGCCUGCCUUACUCUUACUGAUGACAUAAAGGACUUGUAAUUAUUUUUUUAUUGGUUGAUAUUGAAGCAUAUGAUGUCAUCAUACCCCAUAUUUAAGUCUAAAGCCCUAAAAUAUGGGGAUGUCUAAGGAUAUUGCAAGGGGCUGAAUGUGCUUCUGUCCUUUUUUUCCCCCAUGGAUGUGUGUAACAAACAUGUAACAUACUUUGUUUUACCUUGAGCUCAGAUUUGCAAAAGAAAAAAUCAGGCUAACUAUAUUGCAUUUAUACUUUUAUUAAAUUAUGCCUAAUCUU